UUCCUCUUCAAAACCGGAAGUGGUAUUCUGGAAACGACAGCGCAUUGAUUUUCGUCCCCACAACAAUAAAAUAGAGACAAAACAACGAUUAAAAGCAAAAAGGCGUCUCAGAAUUUCACUUGGACGUCGAGGGCUUGAAAGAAACCCCGCGGGCAGCCAUGCUGUCGGACGCAGACUAUCCCGGUAAUGCUUCUGGUGCACGGAGAGCCAAGAAGAGGAGCUCCGGGGAGUCACCAGGGGACGGACAGACACUGCGCUCCUCAGGAAGGCAGGUCAACGUCCGGGUGAAGCGCACCAACAACCCUCCACCUGGUCAGAGCAAAAGAAAAGCCACAGACACAGAGGAAGAAGAUGACCAGUCUGAGAAGAAGUACAGAAAAUGUGAGAAGGCCGGGUGUUCUGCCAUGUACCCUGUUUGUUUUGCAAGCGCAUCUGAAAGAUGUGCUAAAAAUGGGUACACGUCACGGUGGUAUCAUCUGUCAUGUGGGGAGCAUUUUUGCAAUGAGUGUUUUGAUCACUACUACAGAAGUCACAAAGACGGCUUUGAGACCUUUGCUUCGUGGAAGAAAGUGUGGACUAGUAAUGGGAAAAGUGAGCCCAGUCUUAAAGCUUUCAUGGCAGAUCAGCAGCUGCCAUACUGGGCUCAAUGCACCAAACCCGACUGCAGGAAGUGGCGCCAGCUGACCAAGGAGAUCCAGCUCACUGCCUCCUUAGCAGCAGCAUACCGCUGUGGGAUGAAGUUCAACAACAUUAAGAGUGAGGAACCCGACCAGUGCUCCCAACCAGAGGACUUGAGAGUGGCAGAGGUGACGGACAGCUGGUGGCAUUCAAUGCUCAUUUUGCCGCCACUGUUUAAAGACAGCCCAGCCAGCCCUUUCCUCACUGCGUACUACCCCGACUGUGUGGGGAUGAGUCCAUCAGGUUCUUCUAGCAACAUGUCUCUGGGCGAGCUGAGGGCGGAUCACUGCAGAGCUGCUCAGCCUCAAAUUCCAGGCUUGUGUCCAUACUUCCAGCCCUUCUACCAGCCAAAUGAGUGCGGAAAGGCUCUGUGUGUGCGGCCUGAUAUGAUGGAGCUAGAUGAGCUUUAUGAGUUUCCAGAGUUUUCCCGCGAUCCCACCAUGUAUCUGGCUCUGCGUAACCUUAUCCUGGCCUCCUGGCACAAGAACUGUAAGGAGGUGCUGACUUCAGAGAAAUGUGCCCAGCACAUCAUUGUUCGUGGGUUGGUGCGUGUGCGCUGCGUGCAGGAGUUGGACCGAGUGCUCCAUUUCAUGACCAGGAAGGGUCUCAUCAACACCGGUGUGCUGGCAGCAAAACAGCCUCUGCUCCCAGAAACAUACUGCUCUAAAAAUGUUAUCAUCAUUGGUGCCGGGGCUUCAGGACUGGCUGCUGCACGCCAGCUGCAAAACUUUGGCACUCAGGUGGUGGUGCUCGAGGCGAGAGACAGAAUAGGUGGUCGGGUGUGGGAUGAUGCCUCUCUGGGUGUCACUGUGGGUCGAGGAGCUCAAAUCGUUAAUGGCUGUGUAAACAACCCCAUUGCCCUGAUGUGUGAACAGUUGGGCAUCAAGAUGCACAAGCUCGGAGAGCGAUGUGACCUCUUUCAGGAGGGAGGGCAGGUCACUGACCCUGCCAUCGACAAGCGCAUGGACUUCCACUUUAAUGCCAUCCUGGAUGUGGUGUCAGAAUGGAGGAAGGACAAGUCGCAGAACCAGGACACAGCACUGGGAGAAAAAGUCCAAGAAGUUAAGAAGAACUUUCUCCAGGAGUCUGGGAUGCAAUUCAGUGAGCUGGAGGAGAAGGUGCUUCAGUUUCACCUCAGCAACCUGGAGUUUGCCUGUGGAAGCACAUUAGACCAGGUAUCGGCAAGAUCCUGGGACCACAAUGAAUUUUUUGCCCAAUUCUCAGGAGACCACACUUUACUUACCAAGGGCUACUCUGUUUUACUCUACAAACUGGCCGAGGGCCUCGACAUCCACACAAAGUGUCCGGUUCAGGCCAUUGAUUACUCAGGUGACGUUGUCAAAGUUACCUCCUCUGAUGGGUCGCAGUGGACAGCACAGAAGGUCCUUGUUACAGUUCCUUUGACUUUGCUUCAGAGGAACCUGAUUCAAUUCAACCCUCCACUUCCUGAAAGGAAAUUGAAGGCGAUCCACAGUCUGGGGGCGGGUAUAAUAGAAAAGAUCUCGCUUCAGUUCCCGUACAGAUUCUGGGACAAAAAAAUCCAAGGAGCAGACUACUUCGGUCACAUCCCACCAGGUCUUGAAAAGAGAGGCAUGUUCAGUGUCUUCUAUGACCUGGAUCCACAGAGGAAGCAGGCUGUGCUGAUGUCUAUUAUCAGUGGUGAUGCUGUUUCUUCUGUGCGGGACAUGGAGGACAAAGAGGUGGUCGAUGAGUGCAUGAGGGUACUGCGGGAACUUUUCAAAGAGCAGGAGGUUCCUGAGCCAAUGAAUUUCUUCAUCACUCAUUGGAGCAAAGACAUCUGGUCCCAGAUGUCCUACAGCUUUGUGAAGACGGGGGGCAGCGGAGAGGCCUACGACGUUCUCGCUGAAGACGUGCAGGGAAAGGUGUUUUUUGCUGGCGAGGCAACCAACAGACACUUUCCUCAGACUGUGACGGGAGCCUACCUCAGUGGCGUCAGAGAGGCCAGCAAGAUGGCCGCUAUGUAACCUGUCACUCCCAGAGCACUCAUAAACACCAGCACGGACUCACGGGUUGCACCGAACAACAGACCAUUAAUAAAGUCGGACUGUGUUGUCUCAUUUGCUCCACUUGAAACACUGAUUUGCUGUACUGUAAUGUAUCGGAUCAGCAAAGUGUCGUGAAUGAUUUUUCAGUAGUGGGGUUAGCCAGGGCCUGGUUCGACAUAUCUAACAAGUGCUUUUUAUUUAUAUCAAAAUCCAACAGGUAACAUGUUUGUGACAAGAUGCAAAAAAAGAAAAACAAAAUUAUGAGGAAGUCUCCAUAGCCCCUAAGUAGCUCUGCCUAACUCUGCUGUGCUGGAAAGGAGGAUGGUAUUUUG